AUGAAAAGUCCAGCUGUUAUUCCCAACAAACAGUCGUCUCAACUUCCUGUGGAAGCGGAAGUUCACCGAGGCACAAAAGCAUGUGAAGUACUAAAGGUAACAGUGGGUACGGAGAAUCGUAACGACUUGAUUAAUUCGAUCAAUUAUGUUCCUGCCUGGAGUUCUGAUUUAAAGAGGACCCAAUCUAUGGCUGGGGGCAUGCUUCUUACCUAUGCAUACCUACAUGCUUUGAUGUGCCGAAGGAUUCCAACUGCUUGUUCGCAGCUUUGA